AUGCGUAAAGGGGUCGCUGAAAAACUGCAGUUUAAGUUCAAUUUCUCGCUGGUUAACAUGUUGUUUAAGAGCAAACAAGAGAACAAGGCACCUCAUCGUUCCGAAAAUACUUUCCUUCUACUUGAUGCUAGAGAUAUAUGUAAAUCAAGUGAACUUCUACAACACAAAGAUCUAUUAAUUUUGGACGAAGUGAAUGUAGCAAGAGAAUGGAAAGAGCAAAAUAAAGAAAGAAGACUUGAAUUGUCGCUUCCAUCAAAAACAGCGCAGUUCUCAAAUUACGUAGAACGAGUCCUUUUUCCUUUGCGCUUCGCGUGUUAUACACAAACAGACUACCUAGCAGUUAACAGUGGUAAUGACAGCAUCCAGAAAUGCAUUCAGAAGUACUUUCAUGGCAGAACUGUUGGAAGAGAUUGCUUGAUGGAAAAAAAUUACCCCAUUUUGACCGAUGUAAACGUCGAAACUACCGUUCCUGAGGUGGUUCUGAUCAGAAAUGCUGCUACUUCACGGGAUUAUCGUGAUUACAUUCGAUUAGCAUGGAAGAAUAACUUUGCUGCUUUGGGUGUACCGGUUAUAUUCUUGGCUGGAACUGCUAAUAACCGUAAGUAUAGCAAACGAUCUGGUGUUCACGAUGUUAGUUCUGGGAAUAAAAUUCUCCUUAUGACCUACAUUUUUUUAAAAACUGAAAUUGCGACGGCGGAUAAAUUUACAGUUGGGAGCAACGAGUAUAUAAAAUAUGAGUCAUUAGAACAUAAUGACAUUGUACAAUUAGAUUUUCAAGAAGCGUAUUCUAAUCUGACUUUAAAAAUGGUAGCUGCUUACAAAUAUUUGCUGCAAAAAUUUCCCAAUUUGGAAAGUAUUAUUGCUGUCAACGACGACUCUAUCGUUAAUAUUACAGCAGUCCAGCAGAUUCCAAGAAAACGUGGAACUUGGAUGACUGGUAAAGUGUCGAGAGGUUACCCACGUAUUUUUUUCUGGUUUUCAAAAUAUUACAUAGCUGGGACAGCAUAUUUGCAUCGAUGUUACCCUCCAUUUAUUCAGGGUUCAGGUUUUAUAAUAUCUCGUGCUGCGGCAGAAUCUAUUUCUCGUAACAUAUGCCAAUUUCCCUCGCUCAACUUAGAUGACGUAUUUAUAGGAAUUGCUUGCCACUGCUUACAGAUACCUUUACAACAUUACCCAGGAUUUGACGAAAGUUGUCUUGACCACUUUACCGUCCAUCACAACCAAAUUGACCGUGAAACAGCGUCAGAUAUGCUGACACUGUGGGCCUCUGUCAAAAAAAAAAUUUGA